UUCUGACUACGGUAUGAAGCUGCCAAUCUUGCGGUCCAAUGCGGAAGAUCAGAUUCUGUACCAGACUGAGCGUUACAAUGAGGAAACCUUUGGCUAUGAAGUUCCCAUCAAAGAGGAGGGUGACUAUGUGCUGGUGUUGAAGUUUGCAGAGGUCUAUUUUGCACAGUCUCAACAGAAGGUAUUUGAUGUUCGCUUGAAUGGCCAUGUGGUGGUGAAGGACUUGGACAUUUUUGACAGAGUUGGACACAGCACAGCUCAUGAUGAGAUCAUUCCCAUGAGUAUCAAAAAGGGGAAACUGAGUGUUCAGGGGGAGGUUUCCACAUUCACGGGGAAGCUCCACAUUGAGUUUGUAAAGGGCUAUUAUGACAAUCCGAAAAUCUGUGCCCUAUACAUCCUGCAAGGAACAGUGGAAGAUGUUCCAAAGCUGCAGCCGCACCCAGGUCUGGAGAAAAAAGAGGAAGAUGAUGAUGAAGAUGAAUAUGAUGAUGGCUCCAGUGUUAAAAAACAGGCAAAUAAGAACCGGGUUCAAUCAGGCCCACGCACACCAAACCCUUAUGCCUCGGACAACAGCAGCCUCAUGUUUCCUAUAUUGGUGGCCUUUGGUGUCUUCAUUCCUACCCUCUUCUGCCUCUGCCGAUUGUGAGAGCAAGCCCCACAGAGCAUCAGCCAAGGGGCUGGGAGGGAAGGAGUUGGACCAAACAUGGUUGCUUUCAAUUUCUCCAUAUUGUUCAUAAUUUAAGGAAAACAAAAAAAGAAAAAAAAAAAAAAGAUGAUUCAUUUGGAAUGAAUAGCAGGUCCAGGUAAGAGGGAGCUUACCUUCCCCCUGCCAGCAAGCAGCGAGGCCCUUGCCUUCCCCUUCGCACCAUGUGCAGCCUCUGAUCCUCCCU